AUGAGAGAGUCAGCUCCGGCCCCGGCCCCCGCUCCCUCUCCUGCACCUGCACCUGCCCCAGCCCCAGCCGCUGCUCCAGCCCCAGCCCCAACCCCUGCUCCAGCACCAGGCCCUACAGCAGCUCCAACCAACCCUAAUCAAGCUGGACCUGAUGGAGCGGAGCAGCCCCCUCCUCCGCCCCUGCCCAUCGUCAUCAAUAGGUACUCAGACGAUCAGCUCCGCGCCAUCAUCAAGCUGAUGAGGGAGAGACAGGAGCUGUACAAGGAGAAAGUGGUGGAUCAGUACGCUUCUUCCCCUGAGAUCACCCCCCCUGUCACGCCUCUGCUCCGCAAGGACAACUACGCAAAAGUCAUAGAGGAGCGGAAGAGACAAGCCGAGGAGGAGCGGAUAAAGAAGGAGGAGGCGGAGAAGAAAAAGAAAGAGGAGGCAGAGAAGAAGAAGAAGGAGAAUGAGCAGAAGAAGAAGGAGGAGGAGGAGAAAAAAAAGGCAGAGAUGGAAGCUGAGAAGAAGUUGGAGAAGGUGGACAUGAAGACCAAGAUAAAAGAAACCGCGUGGCGCACUGUGGACACCGUGCUGAAGCCGUUUGAGGACAGUAUGGACUCUGUGCUGGGGAACACCAUCGACCCUUUCACAGACCGCCGCUACAUCGCCUGGCUGAGCCUGGUGACCCUGGCCUUCAACUACAACACCUGGUUCAUCACGGCCCGCCAGUGCUUCCCGUACCACACAGCAAGCGCCAUCCCAUACUGGUUCGCACUGGACCUGCUGGCCGACCUCAUCUACCUCACCGACUCCAUCAUCUUCCAGUCCCGCAAGCAGUUCGUCAAAGGAGGAGACAUCAUAAAAGACAGAGAGAUGACUAAGAUGAACUACAGGGAGUCAGAUAGAUUCAAGAUGGACAUGAUAUGUCUCAUACCUUUCGACUUGCUGUACUUGCAGUUUGGAUUCAAAUCCGUUUUCCGAGCCAAUCGUCUGCUGAAGGCGGAUACAUUCUUUGAGUUCAGUGACCGUCUGGAGAGCAUCAUGGCCAAGGCAUACAUCUGGAGAGUGAUUCGCACCAUUGGUUAUCUGCUCUUCAUGCUCCACCUCAACGCCUGCUUCUACUACGUGGCCUCAGAGUACCAGGGCAUCGGCAAAACUAAAUGGGUCUACUCCGGCCUCGGCAGCGCUUACCUCAGCUGCUUCUUCUAUGCUGAGAAGUCCCUGCUGAUGAUUGCUGAGCUGCCAUUUCCAGACACCAUGUUCGGACAGAUCUUUCAGAUGACUAACUACCUUUUUGGGGCAUUCUUUAUGUCCAUCAUUCUUGGCCAGAUGAGAGAUGUCAUAGGUGCAGCCACAGCCGGUCAGACAUACUUCCGAGCCUCCAUGGACAACACAGUGGACUACAUGGUGAGCAACCGCAUCCCAUCGAUGGUGCAGAACAGAGUCCGCACCUGGUACACGUACACCUGGGACGCUCAGGGCAUGCUGGAUGAGUCAGAGCUGCUGGACAAAAUGCCUCUGGUGAUGAGAACCGCCAUCGCCGUGGACAUCAACCUGGCCACCUUUCAGAAGAUUGAUCUUUUCAAGGGCUGUGACCAGCAGAUGUUGGUGGACAUGUUGCUGAGGCUCAAGUCAAUCAUUUACCUCCCUGGAGACUUUGUGGUGAAGAAAGGUGACAUUGGUAAAGAGAUGUACAUCAUCAAAGGAGGAGCGGUGCAGGUGGUGGGAGGACCUGACAACAGCAUUGUGUUUGUCACACUGAAGGCCGGCUGUGUGUUCGGAGAAAUCAGCCUGUUGCAGUCUUCCAAAGAUGGAGGAAACAGGCGCACAGCUAAUGUCAAAGCGUACGGCUUCGCUAACCUCUUUGUCCUGGAGAAGAAGGACCUGUUUGACAUCCUCGUCCACUACCCCGAGUCUCAGAAGGUUCUCGCCAGGAAGGGAAGGAAGCUAAUGAAGGCCAAGGGUCCUGCAGCAGCGAAGGCAGAGGAGGAGAAGAAGAAGGGACUGGCUCUGUUUGGACCCAAACCAGCAACGCCCAAACUGCUGCGAGCUGUCGGAGGAACGUUCAACAGAAAUAUCAUCGAAAGGAUGAAGGCUGCUUCUGGUGGAAAGUGAACACACACUUAUUUCCGUUUCUUAUUUUCUCUUUUUUGAGAGUGAAUGUACAGCUUUAUUUUCAAUAUCUUACUUUUUUACUGAGUAUCUUUUUCUGUUGUAGCACAUUCAGAGUAAGUCACAUUUUUGGAAAAGAAAAUUGUAAAUGCCACAUAAGACUAUAUCAGGAUAGUCCGACGAAUUAUUACAAUACAAAUCACACAGAAAAUACAUUUAAACAAAAAGUUCAUUUUACAUAUGUUGAGAUAUAUAUGCUAAUUUUGAAUCCAAAGACUGCUGCCCCUAGUGGAUACUGCCACAUAUACUAAAGGAAUAUAUAUUUUUGUUUAUGAGCAUUUAUUGGCUUUGUAAUCACAGUAGUUAAAUGAAAAGCUAAGCAGAGCACCCUUCAUUCUAAAUACUUUGAUUCAUUUUGCUCAUACUGAUCCCUGUCUGUAUCUGCUUCA